GGAGAGAAAAAAAUACAAUCUGUGAGCAGAUUGGAUCACGCUUCCUAAGUCUUAGGUCCAGCCAUGCUCUAUCUAAAAUGUAUGACUAUUAAAUAUACAUAGGCGAAAACCUGGUGCAGAAUUAGCUUUUUAUUGUCACUUAUUGCUUCACUGUACAGCAAGAAACAAAGCAAACAGUGUGGAAAUGGAAGGAGGUGAAAUCUCUGCAGACAGCAAUGUAAAUGUGGAAUUUCCUACUAGUACUGAAAAAAGAAAGGUGCACAAUGCCUCACUUAUCUUGAAAGCAGCAGCUUUAGAGAAAUGGAUACAUUAGAAAGUGGCAUGAUUAGCUCAGAUAAAUGGACUCGGUCUUUUUCUCGUGGCCUGUUUUUGUUUUAUCCAGUGGACUUCAAAUGGACAGGUCUGGCUUAGGGGGGUUUCUUUUUUUCUUCAGCAAACAAAAGGAAGCAUCAAGGUUAUUCCUGCUAGCAGCAUGGGGGAGAAUGCAAACUGGACCGAAGUGAAUGGCAGUGGAUGUGUGUUCCAUGCUUCUGCUGCUCCCAGGGCCGCAGAGGUCACAAAUGGAUCAACCACUCACGUUAUUUGGAGUAAAAACUGCACCAGUGCUACUGAUACUCUGGAGAGUCAAGAACGCAGUGAGGAGCAAACCUAUCGUAAUUUUACAAUCGCUGUGCAGGGACUGAUCUUCAUAGGAUCAUUACUUGGAAACUUUGUUGUGCUGUGGUCAACGUGCAGGAUGUCUGUAUUUAGGUCGGUCACCAACCGGUUUAUCAAGAACCUGGCUUGUGCUGGAAUUUGUGCCGGCCUUGUAUGUGUGCCUUUCGAUAUCGUGCUCAGCGCCAGUCCUCAUUGUUGCUGGUGGAUCUACAGUCUGCUAUUCUGCAAGAUCGUUAAGUUCCUGCACAAAGUGUUUUGUUCUGUCACUGUCCUCAGCUUCACUGCUAUCGCCCUCGACAGGUAUUAUUCAGUUUUGUACCCUUUGGAAAGGAAAAUAUCGGAAACCAAGUCUCGAGACCUAGUGAUUUAUAUUUGGGUUCAUGCUAUCGUGGCAAGCAUUCCUGUGUUUGCAGUGACCAACGUCACAGACAUCUAUGCCAUGUCCAUGUGCACAGAAAGAUGGAGUUACUCCCUUGGCCACCUGGUAUAUGUCAUCAUCUACAAUGCCACCACAGUCGUACUACCUGUUGCUGCAGUAUUCCUCUUCAUGGUCCUUAUCCGUAGGGCUCUUAGUGCAAGCCAGAAGAAAAAGGUCAUCAUAGCUGCUUUGCGGACUCCACAGAAUACUAUCUCUAUCCCAUAUGUGUCCCAGCGAGAGGCUGAACUACAUAUUAUGCUUCUUUCUAUGGUUGUAGUUUUUAUCAUAUGUAGUGUUCCGUACGUGACCUUAGUGAUCUAUCAGACUAUCCUUGACAUAUCUGACAUCUCUGUGUUCUUACUACUCACUGCUCUUUGGGUGCCCAAAGUUUCCUUGCUAGCCAACCCACUGCUAUUUUUAAUUGUCAAUAAAUCAGUGCGAAAAUGUUUAGUAGGGACAAUUGUGCAGCUGCAUCGACGAUACAGUAGGAGGAACAUUGUCAGUUCAGGAGGCAUAACGGAUGCGAACCAGGAACCAAGUGUCCGUUCAGGAAGUCAGCUACUGGAGAUGUUUCACAUUGGUCAGCAGAAGAUUUUUAAGCCAAGUGAGGAAGAUGAUGAUGAAACAAAGUCCAUUGGAUCUAUGGAAUACCAGCAGAAAGAGCCUACUGCCACCAAUCUGGAAGUAGAGCAUACUCUUGUACAGAAAUUUAUUCCUCAUGCCAUCUCUGCAGACUCUGCUGCUCAGGUAGCACCUGCAAUGCCAACAGAAGCAGACAUGAUUAAUGACAAAUAUGCCAUGCAUUUUGGUUUUGGUCCAUUUGAGUUGCCCCCACAGUGGCUGUCAGAGACUCGGAACAGUAAAAAAAGGUUAUUACCACCACUAGGUAAUACACCAGAGGAAUUAAUCCAAACCAAACAGACCAAAGGCAAAGCCGAACGAAAACUCAGCAGAAACAAUAAAGUUAGUAUUUUUCCAAAAGUAGACUCAUAGAUGGAAUGUACUCUUGAAACUAAUUUUAUUGUUUUCAGAUAUGUGAUCCUAUGGGUCCUUUUUUUUUAACUCUGAGAUUCCAUAAUGGCUAAUUUUACUACGCCAUACAAUAUAUGGAAACAAAACAAAACUGAACACACUCUGAUUAACAAAGUGUUCCUUAAGUUAAAGUUUAUUACAAGUAUCUAACAACAAUAAUUUGUAUUAAUUUUUACAAGCCUAAUAAAUGUGUGUAUAUACUGUAUUUAAUUCCUUCUCUGUAAUAGUUCACAUUAAAUGCACACUGCAUCUUUUCUCUCAAAAAUGUUAAUUGUUUCAAUGUUUCAUAUUGCUUGUUGGGCUUUAUUGGAUGCAUGUAAUAGUAUUGCUGUCUAUUUUAUUACACAGUUGUUCAUACGACAAAAUGGUUUGUUUAUAGAUGGACCCAUUAAAUGACUGACAGAUCUGCAAUUUUUAUUCAAAAAGGCACAGUUAGCUAUGAUAUUACUGUUCAAGUUAUAGCUUGAAAGGGUUAUUACAGUACAAGAGACUCAUUUAUUGACACAGACUGUUACCCAGGACAAUGGUGAAAAUAUUCUAUUAAAGUGUCAUCAGACCUUUAAAUUCCACUCAACCACCAUAGAUGGGAAGAUGAGACAGCCUUUCAUGUUGUGCAAUAAAGCCAGAAAACAUGGUGGGAGGGAAAUAUAAGCAUACUCUGAAAUCCUAAAGGAAACAAGCCAUGGGUUGUGACAUUUGCAGAUGAGAUGGAAGUGGUGGUCAAAACCUUGGUAGUAUGUUGUAGGUUAAUGCUCUAUUGGCACUGCUCAUGUAACUAUACUGGAAGAAAAAUGAGAAGAAGGGGUUGUGGAUGGAUGGAUGUUAAAUCUUGCAAGAAUUUUAAUGAAAGGUAUAGAAUCAACGCAGAGAGAUGAAAUGCAUUUAUUUGUUUGAUAUUGUGACAAAACAUUGAACUGUAAAUAACUUACCAACAGGCUAUUGGGUUUACCUGACCUUUAAGCCAUUUCAUUCAGCAAAUCUGUAGGAUACAGUAGUUACCUGUUAUAUUCUAUCAUAUCCUGACUAUUCUAUCCUGUUCACCACUGUCCUGUCAUCAUCUGUUUUAACUGUUUUCGCUCAGUGGGUUUUAUAUUUCAAACUGUUUCCAAACCAUUCUUAUCUAUAACUCAAGAAAUUAAAUGUUUAAGAAUGUUUUUUUUUUUUAAUUUAGUGAUUACAUUCAUGUGAAUACUUAUCAUUUGUCACUAUUAAUUUAUAUUAAAAAUGGAGACAAUA